AUGGGAGAGAGUGGAGACUCUGCAGGAGACAAAGUAGAGGAACAACAUGGGCUUGAAGGAGUUCUAAAAAUCGAUGUUGGAGAUGAUGGAGAAGUUCCAGGAGCUAAGAGAUGCGCCAUAGUAGACCUAGGCAGCAAAGGAAACUCUGCACGCUUUGGAGGAGCCGGUGAUAGAGUCCAAGGACGUAACCACAUUAUCUGGGAAGGAGAUAACAAUGGAAAAUGA